AGUAAAGCGGAGACAAGCAGACAUCAUUUCUCUCUCAGCGGCUUCUGGACUAUCACCACACGAAGCUCAAAGAGACAAGAAACAUUUAAACAAAAAAAUAAUUUCUGAACAGGACUAUAAUUAUCUAAAUUAAUUAAAAAUUAAGCCAUGGCCGACACAGCUGUUGACAAGACCGCUCCUGCAGAGGUUACAGCCAAGGAGCUGAAAGAGAAGAAAGAAGUAGAAGCAAAGAAGGAGGAGAAGAAGGAGGAGAAGAAGGAGGAAGAGGAGGAGGAGGAGGAGGAGGUGUUGGUGGUGAAGAAGAAGACCGACACCGGGGACGCACCUGCCAAUGGCACAAAUGGUGCUGAUCACAGUGACAAAGUGGAAAAAGAGGAGAAACACAAGAAUGGAGAUGGAGAAGCAGAGGAGGCGCCCCCUGCUGAGGAGACUGAUGCACAGCCUGUGAAGCGUGCAGCUGAAGAGGAGGAAUAGGAGAAGGCGGAGACAAAAAAGCAGAAGACAGAGGAGAAUGGAGAUUCAAAAGAGGCAGAAGUGAAGGCUUAGUCUGCUCUGCUACUUGUUUGCAGCACCGUCCUACCAGCCUGGUCAACAUCGUGUUGUAGAGCUUGUGCUUUCUGUACCUUUUGAGGAAUAUUUCUUUUUCGUUUGCUCCCAUGUUUAUCACAUUGCACUGGAGUCCUGAAACAUAGUGGCCCUGCAUCCUUUUUUUAUGAAAUGUUAUUUAUUGGUCUUUAAAAUGAGCUUUUUUUCUACUUGUACAAAUUGGGCCACACCAUGAGAUCAGUUUGUUUUCAUUUCUUGAGGUUUUAUAUCAGUAUGUUAGAAGCACAAUCUCUAUGAUGUCAGUGCUGACCAGAUGAUUCAUACAUACAGGCAGCUGCUCACCUCCUCCAAGGCUCAUGUUGACCUCUCAGAUUCACUUAAAGGACCAAAGAUAAGUUUUAAGCAGGGGCUAAUGGACAGUUGUUAGCAUUAUUAGUUGAGGCAUCAUUUUUUUUGUGUUGAGCUGCUAGUUAAUCCUUCGCUUGGCUGCCCUGUUGACAGAUGGUGCAAAUAAAUAAAGGGGCUCUGUCUUGCGCCUCCAUGAUAAGAUUGCUUGACCUUGUUUUAUGGUGGCAGGAUUUUGCAAUGUUAAUUAACCCCUCUUAAAUCUUAAAGCUUUGGUCAUUUGUUCUGUAUGCAUUCCACGCAAGUUUGUACCAUUUAUACUUUGUUUUUCCUACAUUUUCAACAAGUUUUAUGUUAUGGCUGGGUAGCCCAGUUUGGUGUCCAAGACUGCCUUUUUCAGAACCAGAAUGACAUUCGGUUACUUCAGCCACUGCUUUGUAUAUUCUGAUUAACAAAUAAAUUGUCUUUUUACUUAA